UUACGGUGACACAUGCACGUGGUGAUGGCGAAUGAUGCUUCUAAACAGAAACAAAAACAUCGAAAAUUCUCGCAAAAGAAUAAGAUACAAAUAAAAGAGGCAAAACCUGUGACACAACCUAGAUUACCAAAAACUGCCAGUGAAGUAUCCUCGAAUUGGAAAGCUUUAGCAGUGACACUUCAAGCCAACAAAAAACAGCAGAAAGUCCCCAAGAGGAAAAGAAUACCAUUUCACAAAUCUAAGGGAUUUGUAGGCAGCAAGUCUGGAAAGAAAAACAUAUUUAAGAAUCAGAGUGAUAAAACAGAUAAGAAUGAUAUUUGGUUCGACGAUGUUGAUCCAGAAGACAUUGAAAAAGUCACAGGAUCAGAGCCAAAACGAAGAAAAAUUUCGGUAGAUGAUGAUACGCAUGCAUGUGCUCAUAGUGAUGUCCAACCGAAUGAAGUGACAGAAAAGAAACCAAAUCCCAGGGUCACAAAGCAUGUUGCGAUGGAUUGUGAAUUCGUUGGAGUUGGAAAAGCAGGAUUGGAACAUAUGUUAGGCAGGGUAUCCAUAGUUAAUAUUGACGGUGAUGUUCUGUAUGACAAGUAUGUCGCCGCCCGUGAAAGAGUUGUGGAUUACAGAUCGGAUGUCAGUGGAAUUAGACCUUUUCAUUUAAGAAAUGCUCCAAAUUUUGUUGAUGUUCAGAACGAUGUCGCUGCGUUGAUUAAAGAUAAAAUUCUGAUUGGUCAUUCAAUUUCUACUGAUCUGAAGGUGUUACUACUUGAUCAUCCAAGAAAGCGGAUUCGCGAUACAGCCAAAUACAAACCGUUUCAAGAGAAAUUAAAGACGAAGCAUCCAUCUUUGAAACGACUUGCAAAGGAGAUCUUGUAUAUUUCAAUACAAGAUGGUGAACACUCCUCGGUGGAAGAUGCGCGUGCUGCUAUGAAAUUGUAUAAUACUCAUCGCAAGGAGUGGGAGAAGAGUAUAAAGGAUAAAUUUAAGAAAAAUAGAACGAAACCUGGCCAAGGCAGUUGAUAUUCGGCUAGCUAGCUUUGGAUGAAUAGAAAGUACAUAUAUACGCUCUAUAAAAAAGCAUGAAUAAGUUAUUGUGUCAGCAGGCAUGCAAUAUGCGCUUCCGUGAAGUAGCGGUGUGUUAGUCUUUUGACUUUUUUAAAGUAAUAAUUUUGUAUGGAAUACUGGGUUGCCAGGUUAGCCUAAACGAUGAAAGUAGAUAAUAUAUGUAAAGUGUCUCAGGGGCUUUAUUUGAAUCAUUUCAGCCAGAUAAAUUGCAGUUGAUAAUCACUGCCCACAAGAAAGUUCAAUACUUGGGUAAUUCCAUUUCAAAAUUCUUACAUGACGUGUCAAAAAAUAUCAAUAUGGCCGACAAUUUAGCUUGAGAUCUUGGAAUGAUGAAUAAAAUCCAUCCACUUUUAUAUUUUAAAAACUCUGCUCUUGCUGGUGAGUCUAUAAAUAGAAAUUCACGUUAUCAUGGUAUUAUCGUUAUCACGAAAUUGCCAAAACUCCAUUAGUAGAUUCCACCAUUCGCUAUAAUACUAUUAAGAUCACUGACAGACAGUAAGAAUGCUACAAGUGAAAAUGUCCAUAGAGAUAUUUAUGAAUAACGUUAUUAUUUAUAUCAAUUAGGAUAAAAAGAAGGUUAUAUGUUGCUGUUUAUCCCAUAUGUAGCCAUGGCCAACUAAUUGGUUUAGCUGGCAUUGUUACUGGAACAGUCAUACAUUCAAUUUAUAAAUAUCCUGAAACAGGGAAGAAGGUG